UCAGAGCGCAGACGUUGUUUCCUUGCGAAUUUCAAACGCUGUCCACUUCUCAAACGAACCGUCCAUUCGUCGGUGGAUUGUUUUAGGAUUGCUAAGUCGUUGUUGAAACUCGAGUGUUCUUCUGUUUGACAGAGUUGUGUCUCCGCCGUGGUAGCAUGAGAGUAAGUGAGGUCCACGCAGCGGAGUCUGUUGCCUACCUGAACCGAGCGCUGGUCAGGUUGCAGGACAUAUGGGAGGAAAUUGGUAUACCAGAGGAGCAGCGCUUACAGAGAACCAACGAUGUCCACAAGCACAUCAAGGGUUUACUGGACCUUAUGAUUGCUGAGGAGGAAGACCUGAAGAAGAGAUUGGUGAAGAACAUAGAGACCAGUCGCAAAGAGCUCAGCCAUUUAUGUGCAGAACUCCAGCUGCCUCCUUUUGAGGAAGAGGAGGAGGGCUGCUCUAUGUUGCAAAUGGAGAAAAACAGCCGCACAAAGCUGGAGGUAAUGAAAGAGCACAAGAGGCAAAGACUGGAGGAACUCAAAGGACUCAUUGCUAAAGACCGCGACUUGUGUGAUAUCAUGUGUACCACACAAUUCUGCAUCGACCCCCAGUCUGUGCCGUCAAUCAAACAACUGGAGUCAUAUCAUGCCUACCUGGAAGAUCUAAGCAAAGAGAAGGCUCGUCGUCAUGAUGAAUUUGUGAGCAUUAAAAAGGACAUCAUUACGUGCAUGAAUGACCUGGAGAAGUCCCCGGAGACUAGCUUUGAGACAGAUGUGAUGUGUGAAGAUGAAGAGGCCUUUUGUCUGUCAGAUGACAACAUCAGUGCUGUAAAAAUCCUUCUCAGCCAGUUGCAAGAACAAAAGGCUCAAAAUGAACUGAAAUGUUCAGCACUGCGCACUAAGAUACAGGAACUUUGGGAGAGACUUCGGAUUCUCCCAGAGGACAGGGAGCCACUCUCGGAGCAUAUGGUCAAUUCAAAGAAAAGAAAUAUUGAGGCGCUCCAGGCUGAGGUCCAGCGUCUAGAGGUGCUGAAGAAACAGAGCAUGAAAAGUGUCAUCGCUGCCAUCAGAGCUGAGAUUGUCCUUUUCUGGCAGAAAUGCUUUUACAGCCCAGAGCAGCAGCAGGCCUUUGUUGCCUAUCACAGUGAUGAUUUCACGGAGGAUCUUCUUAAUCUGCAUGAGGCUGAAAUCAAGACUCUGAAGAAGUACCAUGAGGACCACAAGGAACUCUUUGAAGGGGUCACAAAAUGGCAGGAUAACUGGACCCUGUAUUUAGAACUUGAUAGAAAAGCAAAUGACCCUGCAAGAUUCAACAACAGAGGUGGAAACCUGUUGAAAGAAGAGAAGCAGAGAACUGACCUGCAGAAAAGUUUGCCAAAGCUUGAAAAGAGUCUAAAGGCUCAAAUUGAUGAGUGGGAGCAGGAGCAUGGCAAAGAGUUCCAGGUGAAUGGACAGAAGUUCCUGGAGUAUGUACAGGAGCAGUGGCAGCAUCACCAUGAUGAAAAAGAGAAAGAAAAACUAGAAAGGCAACUGAAGAAAACCAAACAGACUCAGGAGGACAUGUUAUAUGGAACAUCAGUGAGGACACCUUCUAAAAGACGAAUGGCAGGGACACCGACCCCUGUAAAGAUCAAGAAGCUGAACGGCACCUCCACUUUUUCCACACCCAGCAGCUUCCUUAGCUCAGGCUUUGGUGGUACCAUGUGUCAUUCCUCCAUCCAAAAACCACCUCUGUCUGCCAGCAAGGGCCUGCGAACACCUUCAAAUGCAAAGACUCCCCGGGCACUCGACCGCAACAAGGAAAACAUCUCCCAUCUCAGAAACACUCCAAGUGGACCACUAAGGUCUCAGGACAUUCAAGAUCAAACUUUCAACUCAAUCGCCAGCUCCUAUUCGGAAUUUGCGAGAGACCUCACAAAAGCUGCUAAGUCACAGGUGAAGUCAGGACUGCUAAACUCGACAGUCAGUAAUCACUGAAUGUCCACUGAAACUGCUUAAACACCAGGAGACAUCAAGCGUGGUGGCACUCUUCCUUUGGGUGGGUUUCUCUUUACUUUUGGGGUAACAGACAACUUGUAAAGCUUUAGUGAAAAUGUAAAUAUUUUAACGUGUACACGCUACACUCUUAUACAGUUUUUCUAAGACUCUACUGCUGGGACAGUCUUCACUGCUGUAUGUGUUGUGUUUUGUUUCUGACAGCAUAGUGCUUUGUCCUAUUUGGCUUCAUCAUAUUAAUGUUUAACAUAAAAAUGCUCACCUGUUUUUUCUUUUUUUAAUAUUACAAUUCCACCAUUACUAUAUCAAAUACCCCCAUGAUUUACCACUCUAGUCUGACCACAGUUGUAUUUGUUUCUUAGAAUGCAAAUUACGAUAUCUGUUUUUAAAUCAUCCUGUAAAUAAAUGUUUUACAGACA